GAUAACUGUAGCGAUACGCGGUGAUACGGUUAUUGUGAAAUAACCGUAUGUUUACUCGCUAUAUAAAUGUACACUGAAAGUGUGAUAUGUAUUUAUACUAUUAUACUUUUGUACAACGGUGGAUAUAUUCAAUUGAUAAUCUUCAAAAAUGCUUAAUGCUCAAAAUUUUAAAGAUUUGGAUGAUAAAGGCUAUACAGUAGUUAAAGACGUGAUUACAAAACAAGAGUGUAACACUGCUAUCGCUGAAUAUAGAACAUGGCUAGAAAACUUCGGGGCCAAGUUCCCAAAAACGUCUAACUCUAUAGUAAAAGAUCAUAAUAUCGGUCACAUGGAAACGACAUGGCGUCUCCGUUUGCGAGUCAAGCCUAUAUUUGCGCAGAUUUGGAAAACCGAGAAACUGCUGACUAGUUUUGACGCUGUCUCUAUAGGCCGUCCACCAGAGUCCGGAAAUGAGGAGUUUCAAGAUCCAAGAAAAUACUGGCUACAUGUUGAUUAUACUCCAUCUAGAAUUGGUCUACAUGCAUAUCAGGGGUCAAUUUUUCUAGAAGAACAAACUAAAAGUGACUGGACUUUUCAAGUCAUGGAAGGUUCACAUCUUUUCAUUGAAGAGUUUUUCAAGAAAUUUCCAGAUAAGGCAGAAGAUUCUAGACGAUUUCGUCAUAACUAUCGACUUGACACGGAAGACAUCGACUAUUUCAAGAAUUGCAAAUGUCGGUUGACGCGUGUUCCUGUUCCAAUGGGUGGCAUGAUAUUAUGGGAUUCUAGAUUGAUCCAUGCUAAUGCAAGGCCUCUUCCGAAUCGUAAAAAUGCUGGUAGAUGGCGCUUCGUAACCUUUGUUUCUAUGACACCUGCGAUAUGGGCUAAUGAAUUGGACAUUAAAAAACACCAGGAGGCGUACACAACCCCCAAAAUGACGUUACAUUGGUCAUCACAGGGUAUUCACCUUAUAGAAACGUCUUCAACUCCCGGGAUACCAUGUCCUACAACUGUUCCAGCUAUUGCUCGCAGUGAGGAAGCUAUGAAACUAUCAGCGAUGAUAGCAUACGAUUUUAAUGACGGUAAACCGAACGGAGAUCAUUUAAUACCAAAAUGGUGUAACACUAGUCAACUUCCAGAUGAAAUCAACCAAGAAAAAAUUCAAUCAAAUGGACAUAUUUGAAUAAUUACGGAUCUGACCUGCAGCAUAUUUUAUCUAAAAAAUCAUUUCUGUUCAAGCGUUAUCCUACUGUAAUAGCUUACCUAUGUUGUUCAAUGUGAUUGAGCUUAAAUUUAAAGUAUGUAUAGGCAAUCCGAGUCUAAGGCAAUCCUAAUCACAUCAUUUAAUUUUUUAUUCAUCAAUAUAAAAAAAAUGAUACGUUCCUAAUGUUUUCAUUUGCAAAAGAAUCAGUUGACAUAAGUUUUAAAAUAUAAGCAAAGGAGAUAUAUGUUUUGAGUGAUCCAGAACUUCUUGAAUGACAAGUUGUUUAGAUAACCUUGUUUUAAAUGAAGGUUUUUAAAUUCAUAUUUACAAAUGACUUUUCUGUAGUUACUGUUUAAUGUUUGUCUAAUGUUUUUAAUAUAAUCAAUUUAAUUUCUUUCAUGUUGAUUUCUAUUCUUUUCUGCAUCAGUAUUUGAUGUCAAGAAUUCAAGAAAACUUUGAUAUUAAGCAGUGUUAUAAUUCUGCGAUGUUACACCUGUUACUAUUAGAUUAUGUCGUAUGAAUGUUACAACCUAAAGCACUCCAAAAAUAUUACAAAACUGAACGCCAUUCAUUAUGUGAUACCGAUUGCCUACACUGACUAUAUCAUUAUUUACGCGAUUGCUGGCGUACGAAGUCUGCCUAAGAACAAUUUAACUUCAUGUAGAGUUUACAGGAAGGAACAAAAUAUGUGUAGGUUUUUUCAUCGGUCAUUUUUAAAUUACGAACUUCAAUCAGGGUUUCUUUUUGGCUAUUUUACGAUUCGUAAAUUAAUAUCGAAGAUCUUUCUGAAAUGUAUACACGUCUAAACGCUCUAUAGGAAGUUCGGAAACAAAUUUUUUACCUAAUGUCUCGGAUAUUUGAGAUCUUUGACCCUGUUU